UAGCAGAAUCAGAGUUGGAAGCAGAAGAAAACGAGGAUAAACACCUUCCCAUUUUUGUCUUCUUCUCCCCUUCCUUGAAAGAGACCUUUAUUUGUAUAUGUAUAUGAAUCAAUACAGCGCGGAUCGUUCCAAUCGCAAUAAAUCUUUCUCAAAACCCCUAAUUAAACCCCCUUUCCCUUCUACAUUCCUCUCUCACUUCCAUUUUACAUCUAUAGCGCCGCUGCUGCUGAUUCGAACCCAUCGUUGCCGUUUCACUUUGUUGUUUGAAAGACUAACUCUCACUCUCAAUGGGCGAGCUAGGCAGCCAAGAUUCCGGUUUUGGGUUUUUCAACUCUUAUGCGGCGCCUGAUCCGGCGUCUUUCAAGGAGGAGUGCUUGUCGGCGGCGGAGGAUGCCGCCCGGAAUGUGCUCAAUUGCAUUCAUCCUACGCUCGACUCGGAGGAGGAAAGAAGAGACAUCAUUGAUUAUAUGCAGAGACUCAUCAAAAGCCAUGUUAAUUCUGAGGUGUUUCCCUAUGGGUCCGUGCCACUCAAAACAUAUUUGCCUGAUGGGGAUAUUGAUUUAACUGUUACUAACGGUACUAGAACUGAUGAAUCCAUGGCCCGUGAUGUUCUUGCUCUUCUACAAAGGGAAGAGAAAAAUGUUAAUGCUGAGUUCAAAGUUAAGAAUAUACAGUUUAUUGAUGCUGAGGUUAAAAUUCUGAAAUUCCUUGUGGGGGACACAGUUUUAGAUGUAUCCUUCAAUCAAUUGGGUGGGCUUUCUACUCUUUGUUUCCUGGAGCAGGUUGAUCGCCUUAUUGGGAGAAAUCAUCUCUUCAAGCGCAGUAUUAUCUUGAUCAAGGCGUGGUGCUAUUAUGAGAGUCGUAUCCUUGGCGCUCACCAUGGGUUAAUUUCUACAUAUGCUCUGGAAACACUUGUCCUGUACAUAUUCCAUUUGUACCAUUCAUCCUUAUGGGGACCAUUAGUGGUUCUGUACAGAUUUUUGGAGUAUUAUAGUAAAUUUGAUUGGGAGAACUAUUGCAUCAGCUUGAAAGGACCAGUUUGCAAGUCUUCACUCCCUGAUAUAGUGGUGAAAGUGCCAGAAAAUGGAAGUACUGAUCUGAUGUUUGGUGAUGAAUUUUUGGAGAACUGCCUGGAUAUGUUUUCAGUCUCAUUAAGGGAACUUGAAGGAAGACCUAAAGCAUUUCAGCCGAAACAUCUUAAUAUCAUAGACACACUGAAGGAAAACAAUAAUCUCGGGCGCAGUGUGCACAUAGGAAAUUUCUACCGUAUACGUAGUGCUUUCAAUUAUGGGGCUCGCAGGCUUAGUCAAGUUCUUUCGCUGCCAGUUGAUAAGGUUGCUGAUGGGAUACAUAAAUUCUUCUCAAAUGCUAUUGCUUGGCACGGGAAUGACAGCAAAAAUUUUAUUCAAGACUUGGCCUUAGAAUUUGGUCAUGAAGAGUCCUCAACUGCCUCACUAUCAUCACCUGCUAAUCUGAUGUCUGAGGAAAAUAUGCUUCUAAGAUUAUCUAUAAAUGAUAAUGAUCCUGUUGAGACUGAAUCUCCUUUGAAGAUGGCAUCUGAAGGCUGGUACCGACCAGAAUUCAAUUUUCGCGAACCUAUAUCCUCUCGUUCCAAAUCUGGAAAUUCCACUUCUCAGGAGUAUGGAACCAAGUCAUGGUUGGAAGACCAAAGGGAACAUGGAGAGGUGAAUUAUAGGUAUAAAUGGUCCAUGGAUAGCUCAUGGGCCAAUUUAAGCUCACAUGCCUCCAACGCUUACAAUGUGGAUGAUACGUCCCUUGAUUACAAGGAUGUGGACAUAACUAGCGUGGGAGAGUCGGAAGCAGUCAAUGCAUUGGCUGAUCUUACCGGAGACUAUGACAGCCAUAUAAGGAGUCUUUUAUAUGGUCAGUUAUGCCUUGGGUUUUCUUUGUUCCCACUAGCGUAUCAUCAUUCGGCAAUACCUUCUUGGGCUAACAACAGGAAGCCAUGGGAGAUUGUUUAUCAAUCAAUGCCGUUGUGGUGGAGUCAAGUCUCCCAAAUGACGUUACAGCCUGUCCCGACUGAACAGAGUAACUGCUGGGCUGCUUAUUCUGCACCUCCUGCUUAUGGAAGUGGCCCUUACUUUCCCGUUAUGAAUGGUUUUCAUGGGAUGAGAUAUCCACAGCCACAGGGGGAGAGCAGAAGUAGAGUUUCAGACUUUCCUGAUCAGUUUCACAGACAUGGACAAAGUGUCGGCAUGUCUAAUGCUUCCGCUGUGAACAAAACUGAAAAUAGUCGGAGCGGGCAAAUUGAUGACGUGCAUAGUGCUGCUGCUGUGCAAAAUGAUGAAAAUAUCACCCGAGAAGCCCUGCCUGAAAAGGAUGAGUCUGAAGAUCAAAAUGGCCCGACAGAUCAAACGGAAGGUGAUUCGAGUGGGUCAUUGAGGUUUGAAUUUGGAUCUGUCGGAGAUCUGGCUGAUCGGGUCAUUUCUGGCUCUGCAGACCAAGAAACAGAGCAAAGGCUUGAAGAGCAGUCGUUCGAGCUCAAAAGUGAAGCUGAGUUCCCCCCUUUGUGCUAGAGCACAAAGUUGUUUUGUACACAGUAGAGGUGAUACUGAUGCUAACAGACUUGAGGCGUAAGCUGUAGUUUUCACAACCUACAUAACCCCUUUUGGGUUGUUUGUGAUUAUAGAUGCAUAUAGCUCCAGAAUUAGAGUUAUUCUUACAUAUUGGCUUCAGCUGCUGUCUGUAACAAUUCCCUAGCUGUUGAUGAAUUCACAGUUUUUUAAACUCAUUUACAUAGUUGUGCUUAAAUAUUCAUCCGUAUAAAAGUUAUAAACAUUGCAAUCUAUUUCAACUUUUGGAUU